AUGUCCUCCGCCUCUCUACCCAUCGCGGUCGACCCGGUCGCUCUCGUCACGACAGAAUGUAUCACCGUCACCUCCGCUAUGCGCAAACAUGCCCGAUGGGCUCACUCCUCUGUUUCUGCUAUCCUCGGUGGCAGUGCCGCCUCUCGCGUUUACGAUCGGGACACCUCCGCUCCUCCCAGCCCUCGCAAUGGUGCAACGACGCCCCGUCCCAGGUCGAGAAUGUCCACCGUGGACGAUGAUCAUGCUCUGGCCAAUCGCUGGGGCCUGAGGGGGAAGAAAGGCAAAAGCAUGCAGGACAAUCCACUAAUAUCGGCUUUCACCCGUCUGCGAAGCGACUUGAAGGGCUGUAAGGACAUUAGGACAUUCGACGCUCCCGCCUUGCUCCAUCCAUUCCUCCAAGUGAUCCGCUCCUCGUCCACCUCCGCCGGUAUUACCUCUCUGGCCUUGGUCGCCUUGACCAAGUUCUUCGCCUACAACAUCAUCAGCCGAGAAUCCCCCCGCCUCUCCAUGGCUAUGCAAUUGUUAUCGGCCGCCAUCACCCAUUGCCGCUUUGAAGCCAGCGAUUCCGCGGCGGAUGAAAUCGUGCUUCUGAGAAUCCUGAAGUUAAUGGAGGGGAUGCUGUCCCGUCCGGAAGGGGAACUCCUGGGAGACGAGAGUGUCUGUGAGAUGAUGGAAACCGGUCUCAGCAUGUGCUGUCAGGUCCGCCUCUCGGAAGUUUUGCGGAGGUCCGCCGAGAUGGCCAUGGUCAAUAUGUGCCAGGUGAUAUUCAUGCGCUUGUCUCACUUAGAGAUCACGGACCCUUCACCAUCCAGCCCUUCAAACCCCACCCAAGACGGCGGCGAACCUACCAACUUCAAGAUGGAUCCCUCCGUGGAUGGAGAUACGGUGGCUUCGCAGCAUCCAUCCGCUUUGGGAUCAGACACAGCCGUCCCAGAUCGCGAUCGCAGCAGCGACGAGGUAUCCUCUGAUCAGAUGGCGAAUGGUAGCGCCGUCGCCGCACCGCCCAAUCCACAGGACGAUCUUGGAGAUGAAGUUAAACCAUAUUCCCUGCCUUCGAUCAGGGAGCUCUUCCGGGUUCUCAUCGACCUCCUGGACCCUCAUAACCGACAACAUACCGACCCCAUGAGAGUCAUGGCCUUGAGGAUAAUUGAUGUGGCCCUGGAAGUUGCAGGCCCCUCUAUUGCUAGACAUCCCAGCCUGGCUGCCUUGGCGCAGAAUGAUCUCUGUCGACACCUUUUCCAGUUAGUGAGGUCCGAAAACAUGGCUAUUCUGACCGGAUCUCUCCGCGUUACGGGCACCUUACUGCUCACCUGUCGCCCUGUAUUGAAGCUCCAACAGGAGCUCUAUCUGUCCUAUCUGGUUGCUUGUCUUCAUCCACGGGUAGAGAUACCUAGAGAGCCGGGCAUCGACCCGUCUCUGUAUGACGGGGUGCCACAAGCACCCAAGCUGGUCAAGCCUCCCCCGUCCCAGUCAAGUAGUGGCCGGUCGACCCCCAUCCCGGUGAAAGAUCGCCAGAAGCUAGGACUGGAAGGAGGUUCGAGGAAGCCGGAAACCCGCGAAGCUAUGGUCGAAAGCAUUGGUGUGCUGUCGCGGAUCCCCAGCUUUAUGGUCGAGCUAUUCAUUAAUUAUGACUGUGAGGUCGACCGGGCGGACCUCUGCGAGGACCUGGUCGGACUACUGUCCCGAAACGCAUUCCCCGACUCUGCCACAUGGAGUACGACUAAUGUCCCUCCUUUGUGCUUGGACGCACUCCUAGGAUAUGUCCAAUUCAUCUACGAUAGACUCGACGAUGAGCCCGUGUUCGACUGUUUCCCGUCUACUGAUGUCUUAAGAAGCCAGCGGAAGACGAAAAAAAUCAUUAUUCAUGGUGCCCAGAAAUUCAACGAGGAUCCCAAGGCAGGCAUCGCCUACCUUGCUGCUCAAGGCAUCAUUGAGAAUCCGGAUGACCCUGUGUUAGUGGCCAAGUUCCUAAAAGGGACGUCGCGGCUGUCAAAGAAGGUUCUGGGCGAAUUCAUCUCAAAGCGUUCCAACGAACACCUCCUUGAAGCUUUUGUCGAUCUGUUCGACUUCUCUAACAAGUCUGUGGUCGAUGCGUUGAGAGAUCUCCUGGGCGCCUUCCGGUUACCUGGCGAGUCCCCGUUGAUCGAGCGGAUCGUAACGACAUUCAGUGACAAAUUUAUACAAAAGGCCCAUCCCCCAGGUGUUGCAGACAAAGAUGCCCUUUUUGUGCUGACGUAUGGUAUUAUCAUGCUCAAUACGGAGCUGUACAACCCCAAUAUAAAGUCACAGAAUCGCAUGUCUUGUACCGAUUUCGCAAGGAAUUUGCGCGGAGUGAAUGCAGGCCAAGACUUUGCCCCAGAGUUCCUCCAGGAGAUCUACGACUCUAUCAAGCAGAAUGAAAUUAUCUUGCCCGACGAGCAUGAUAACAAGCAUGCGUUUGAUUUUGCCUGGCGGGAGCUGUUACUGAAGUCAUCGUCGGCCGGAGAACUGGCUGUGGGCGAAACAAAUAUUUACGAUGCCGAGAUGUUCGAAGCUACCUGGAAGCCAGUCGUUGCAACCCUUUCGUACGUUUUCAUGUCUGCUUCCGAUGAUGCGGUAUACUCUCGGGUCGUCAUGGGAUUUGACCAAUGUGCCCAAAUUGCCGCUCGUUACGGUCUGACUGAAGCAUUCGACCGCAUCGUGUUCUGUCUUUCCUCUAUCAGUACGCUCGCCACCGACAAGCCGCCCAGCACCUCCCUCAACACAGAGGUCCAGGCCGGCAAGAAGAGCGUCAUGGUCAGCGAACUGGCCGUGAAGUUCGGGAGAGACUUCAGAGCGCAGCUGGCUACUGUGGUCCUCUUUAGGGUCCUGGCCGGAAACGAAGGAACAGUCCAGUACAGCUGGAAACACGUUGUCCAGAUCCUCAGAAACCUCUUCAUCAAUUCUCUUGUCCCCCCGUUCGACUCUAGCCUCAACUCUGAGCUCGAUAUUCCGCAGAUCCCACUGCAGCCACCAUCGCAGAUCGUAGACCGUGAUGUGAAGGCGAACGAAUCUGGCCUUUUAUCCGCCUUUACCUCUUACCUCUCCAGCUAUGCCGCUGAUGAUCCCCCGGAACCGUCUGAUGAAGAACUGGACAACACUCUCUGCACUGUGGACUGUGUGACGGCUUGUUCGAUCGACGAUGUCUUAACGAACAUCAAGUCGCUUCCCGCAUCAUCUAUCAAGUUGGUGGUGGAAUCUCUGUUAGACCUCUUGCCUGAAGAAUCCGCGCCUGCAGUUAUCGUCGUGAAACAGGAGCGCCCGGCUUCUAGAAUACCCAAUGGCAAAGUUGAUGCCGAAAGGUCUACGUAUGACCCAGGGAUGAUGUAUUUGCUAGAGCUUGCAACUAUCCUUACCCUCCGUGACCAAGGAACUCUAGAGGCUACAGGCGAGAGGUUGCUGGCUUCUUUGCAGGCGUUUGUCCGAGACGCGAAGAACAUACAUUCCUUGGCAUUGUCUCGGAUCAUCUAUUACUUGCUGAACUUGCUGCGAUUGAGCCAUGAACAACCUUUCAUGCGAGUGCCAGUUAUCCUCCACGGUAUCUCUGGGUUUGAUCAAGAUGUCUUAGAAAGCGUCGCGGUUCCAGUCAUCACUGGUCUUACCCGCUGCGUCUCCAGCGCCGGCCUGUUGCGGAAUGAGAUGACCAUUUCCCCGGAUUUCUGGUCUAUACUGCAGAGACUGCAUCAACACAAAGAGGCAUCCCCGUUGGUGUUUAAUUUACUCCAAACCAUUGCGGAGACACACCCACCAAUUGUUACUGCGGACAAUUACGAGUCGACUGUCAGUCUUGCGAAUGAUUUCAUUAGUGCAGCUAGUAUCGGUUAUAUCGAAGAGCGGCAGAGAGAUGCCCACUCUCGACGUUCCAAAGGAGUCAAACAGCCGAAGACAAGCGGAAAUGAAACAGUUGCUCGUGGCCUCAAGGCGAUUGGCCUUAUUUAUCAACUGACGGAUCGAGUCCCCACUCUGAUCAAACAAUCUCACCUGGAAGAGGCCGAAGCCUGGUCUGCCUACUGGUCCCCUGUGUUCCAGUCCUUGACCACGCAAUGCAUCAACCCCUGCAGAGAUAUCCGCCAUCACGCAAUCUCGACCUUACAACGAGCUCUCCUUUCCGUCGAGAUCAAUACAACGGACAACAAAGAGUGGGCCGCGAUUUUCGACCAGGUCCUCUUCCCACUGAUCCUGCGGCUCUUGAAGCCUGAGGUCUACCACUCAGAUCCGCUUGGAAUGGGCGAAACGCGCGUACAGGCAGCUACAUUGGUGUGCAAGAUUUUCCUGCGUUAUCUGGAUCAACUUCCCAACAGUGAAGGGAUGCUGGAUUUGUGGCUCAAGAUCUUGGACAUACUCGACCGCAUGAUGAACAGCGGCCAGGGAGACAGCCUGGAGGAGGCUAUUCCAGAAAGCCUGAAGAACAUCCUCUUGGUCAUGGCUGAUGGCGGGCAUUUAGUUCCAGCGUCGGAAGAUCCCAGCAAGGAGAAGACCUGGACUGAGACCAAGAAACGCUUGGAGAGGUUUCUGCCUGACCUAUUCAAGGAAAUCUUCCCUGAGGCUCCACAGGAGACGUCCGCACCAGUUUCAGCGAUUGCAUCCCCCACCCCGACAGCCAACGACAACGCCAGUCAGGCAAACAACGAUGAGGACAAGGGUCCUUCUGAAGCUGCCGCUCCUGAGAAUGAGCCCGGGAGCCCCGAAACGGCGCAGCCUGAGCAGCAACAGCAAUAG